AGGAAGCAUGCUGGACAAAGAAGACCUGAAUGGUAGCUAUAUACAUCAUAUGAAAAACCUCACAUGACUUUGGGCAAAUGGAUUAUCCACCCUGGAGGCCAAUUUUUUACAUCUAACAAAUGAGAAAAUUGGCAAGUCUCUUAAUGGCUAACUUCCUGCUUCUACAACAGAGAUGCCAAUGUAACUCGGGCUAGGAUUGUGUUUUAUGUGAUCCAGUGCUUGGUGAGUGUCAGAAUGUCUUAUUUUGAGGAAUGUGAUAACUAGAAUGUUAAGACUGUUGCAAGGAUGUAGCUUGGUUGUUGCAGUUGACCUGGCGUUCAUGAAGCCCUAUCUCUAGCCUUGCAUAAACCAGGGGUUGUGGAGUACACAGUGGUGAUGACAGCACUUGGGAAGUGGAGGCAGGAGGAUCAGUUCAAGGGCAUCUUUGCUUACAUAUUGAGUUUGAGGCUAUACUGGGUUAUUUGAGACUAUUUCAAAACCAAAGAAUGCAGAAAUGAUGAUAAAUGAUGUAAGAAUGUGAGAAAAUAAGCGUGCUAUACCUGAGGUCAUAGAUGCACCUAAGACCAUGCCAGGCUUGUCAGCAAGUAAUCUUAACCCACCCCAGCAUGGUCUUCAGUCUUUUGUUCAUAGUUUUGUGUACCAGUUGACUUUUUUUUUUUUCUUUUUUUCAGAGCUGGGGACUGAACCCAGGGCCUUGCGCUCGCUAGGCAAGCGCUCUACCGCUGAGCUAAAUCCCCAACCCCACCAGUUGACUUUCUGUUGUUGUAGUAAAUGGCAGUCAUAGGAGGAGGGAAGGCUCGGUGCUGGAACUGUGCUCUAGACAAAGUGACUUUGUUGCUGAGGUUUGUGUCAUGACUAGAAGUGUCUAAGGAACAGCUCACCAUAACUUAGGCACUGGGAAGUGAGAGGAAAAGGAACAGGAUCUCUGAGCCCCUUUGGAGGCCUGUCCUUAAUGACUGAAACACAGGUACUAACGCUUCCUAAUUGUGCCAAACUAUGGACUGAACCCUGUUUUGUUUGUUUGUUUUAAAUCUCUUGAGUUCAAGGCCAGCCUGGUCUUGACCAGACUCACAGAGUGAGUUCCAUGACCUAGCUUCAUGAAUGCUAUACUGAAAUCCUGCCUGGAAAAAACAAAAACAAAAAAGUAAACAAACAAAAAAGAAAUUCAUAGUUCUGAGGGCUCAUGUUGGGGUUCUGGCAUCAUGAACAGUUAUUUAUUUAUAUAUUUAAAUUCAGUCUUUAUGACUAAAGAAUAGUCCUCAAGGGCUGGAGAGAUGGCUCAGUGGUUUGAGCACUGACUGCUCUUCCAGAAGACCUGUGAUUGAUUUCCAACAACCAUGUGUUGGUUCACAAUUGUCUGUAACUCCAGUUCCAGCUGGUAUGACACCCUCUUCUGGCACUGCAUACAUGUGGUUUAGACACACAUGUAGACAAAAGGUCCAUACACAUUAUAAAAAUAAAGGAAAUGAAUAGUCCCAUAUCAGGGAAAGCUACUAUGUGUGUCUGUGGGGGUGGGUGGCUUUGUGCUUGCUGUAGCACACAUUGAAGUCAGAGGACAACUUGCCAGAAGUUGGUCUCUCCUGCCAUGUGGGUUUGGGGAUGGAACUGAGAUUUUUGGUCAGGUUUGGUGGCAAACUCCUUUAUCUCUGUCACCCUAAAAUUCAGUCUUUUAUUUUUAAAAAUUUUUUUAUGAGUAUGGGUGUUUUACCUACAUAUAUGUCUGCACCACUUGUGUGUCUGGCACCCAUGGAGGUCAGAAGAGAUUCUGGCAUCAGAUCCCCUUAACUCGAGUUACAGACAGUUGUAAACUGCCACGUGGGUGCUAAGGAUCCAACCAGGGUCCCUUUGGAGGAGUGGCCAAUGCUCUUAACUACUGAGCCAUUUCUCCAGUCCCCCUGAAAUUCAGUCUUAAUGAUUUGUAUGACUUUAUCCACUUCUAAUGCUAGUGUGAAUACAGUUUAUAUGUGUUAAGUUACUAAAGCUUAGUUUUGGGUGGCAGUCGCAUUGUUUUCUAUGUAUAAGUCCUUCUUACCUGCUGUCCUUAGGUUACUAGCAGUAGCUGUACUAAAUGUUGACAACAAAUGGAGAAAGUCACUGACAUGCCUUUUACUGCUUUGUAUAACUGUGUUUGUUUUAAUGUAUUCAUAUGAGACGGACGUAGUAUGUGGGAGUUCAGAGGACAACUUGGUAGAAUAGGUUCUCUUCUUCCACCUUUAUAUUGGGUGCUUUACCCAAAAGUUGAAUUACUUGUGUCCAUGUUGUCGUCAUCGUCAUCCCUUUCCUACCCCAUGAGACAGGGUCUCUGUGUAGCCUUGGCUGUCCUGGAACUUGCAUUGUACUGUAGACCAGGCUGGUCUCCAACUCAGAGAUCUUCCUGCCUCUGCUUCUGCCUCCUGAGUUCUGGGAUUAAAGGAAUGUGCCACCAUUACCUAGCUAGCUGUGCCCUUUAAUUGUGUUAAAGAAACCACUUUUUGGAUGAGGCUGUAUUCUACUCCUUCUCGGUACCUCUCAGCAGACAGUGGUAGAGCCAUGGUGUCACAGCAGUACUGUUGUCUCUUGCCAGCACUUCAGAUUCAAAGUUAGUAGCUCUGCUUUCCAAAUUCUUCCUAUGGAUUUUCCAGUUUCAGUUCUCCAAAACUGAUUUUAGACAUAGCCUCUCCACCUGCAUUAGGCAGGUGGCGACACGCAGGUAAAUCUCAGGUUCAAGACCACGCUGGCUCACAGAGCAAGUUCCAGGACAGCCAGAGAAGCAGUGUCUCGAGAAAAACCAAAAGGCAAGAAAGGAAGGAAGGCCCUCCCCCCUUUUCAUAGGAUAUUGUAUCAUGGGCUCCUUAAUAUUGCUUAAUAAACUCAGUAGAUGGCUUUUUUUUUUGUUGUUGUUUAAAUAUGCUCCCACAUAACUAGUUUUUACAGUUGAAUCUGGAUUGAAAAGAAUACUUUUUCAUUUCUUCAAAUUCUACUCUUACAACAUAGUCUUUACCUUGCACUGAAUUUACUUACCAGUUUCGUCAUAUAAUGCCUUUCCAGACCAUACUCUUUGUAAACAUAUACAAAUCCCUUGAAAGUAAGCAGAGUGCCUUACUGCUUGCCUCAAUAGUUGUGCAUGCGUGUGUGCGUGUGUUUGAUUGUGUGCAACCUCUCUACUUUUUAAAUCUUCUUUACUCCAUAAAUCUCUUUUUCACUCCCACAUUUGACCUCCAUAUGAACGCUGUGGCACAUACACACAAUAUUUUAAAUUAAUAUUUAAAAGCAUUAUAUAGUAUAUUAAUUAUUUAUAGAUGUAAUUCUUCAUAUUGAGGACCCUGAAAACAGUUGUUGACUUUGUGAUGUAGGGCUUAAAUAAAGGGGUUGGACUUCUGUGUAGCCCAGGUUAGUUUUGAACUAGUAAUUAUUCUGCCCCAAUGUCCUGAAUCCUAAAAUUACAUGUGUCUGUGUCUAGCCUCUAAUCUUAUUCAUUCACUCACUCACUCACUCACUCACUCACUCACUCACUCACUUUCAAAUUUGCACAGACCUGCCUGCUUCUGCCACUGCCUCCUAAGUGGUGGGAUUAAAAGUAUGUGCCAUCAUGCCCAACUUACCUUCUGUACUUUAUCAUAAGCAAAUUGUAUGUUCAGAAUUGUGUUUAAAGAGAUACAUUGUUUCAUUUGUUUUAUGCCUGUGUGUGCCUGACCUUAGUGUACAUAUCUGCACUGUGUGCGUGCAGGAACCUUCAAAGGUCAGAUUAGGGCAUUGGAUUCUUUGGUACUGGGGUACGUUAUAGAUGACUGUAGAUGAUGGGAAUUGAACCUGGGUCCUCUGCAAGGACAGCUAGUGCUCUUAACUGCUGAGCCAUCUCUCCAGCUCAUAACAGAUACAUUCUAAGAACUUUGUAGAGAAUGGAUUGCAGAGAGAAUUAAGGUAACUGGGAAAUGAAAUCUCAGAUUAAGAUAUUAGUGGCCUAUCUAGGUGAAGGCAGUAAAUGAAACUCACAGAAAUUCCCAAGUAUAACCAGGAAUAUGUGGUAGAAAUUAGGAAGAGAAGAGCCAAGUGUGAAGCCUGAGGGAAGGUGGUAGAGCCAUUAGUGAGUAUAGAGCAACAGAUAAGCUAAUUUAGGAAGAUGCUUUCAGUUGGGUAUCUGAGGACCUUGGAACACCUGAGUGGAAUAUUUAAUAGGCAAUGGACAAUAAGUUCAAAGAAAGGGGCACCAUGAUUGUGGGACGGUUGUUUGUUAAGGGCAGAAGAGAAGUGAAGCAGGAAUUCCCUGUGUAGGGAAUGGAUGCAGUUGGUUUGGAGAACCAUGUGGAAAUGUGGAUAUAUAUGAGCGUGGUUGAGAAGUAACAGACAGGAAGAAAGGAAAGACAGAAAGAACAGGUCACAAAGAACAUUGAGGCAGAGAGCUGGCUGGUGGAUGAAGAGACCUGACACCAGUCUGAAGACUUGAGGGUGAUUGCUAGGGCUCCACAUGGCAGAAGGAGAGAAAAGCAGCUGAACUCCCACACAUUUGACCUCCAUAUGAACGCUGUGGCACAUACAAUAUUUUAAAUUAAUAUUUAAAAGCAUUAUAUAGUAUAUUAAUUAUUUAUAGAUGUAAUUCUUCAUAUUGAGGACCCUGAAAACAGUUGUUGACUUUGUGAUGUAGGGCUUAAAUAAAGGGUUUCAUGCUUGUGCGGCAAGCAUUCUGCCACUGAGCUAUUCCCCAAUCCUGGAGAGACAGAGACAGACAGACAGACAGACAGACAGACAGACAGAGACAGAGACAGAGACAGACAGAGACAGACACAGAGUGUGUGAGAGAGACAGAGAGAGAUACAGAGAGAUUUUUGUGUUUUUGGUUUGUUUUUCAGGAUAGACUUUUAGGACUAAAGUGUGCAUCAUUGUUCCAGGCUGCAGCUCCCUAAAGGUCCUGCAGUGUGGAGAACUAACAGUGUUUUAUAUUCUCACGUGGGAGUCUGUGCCUUUAUAGUACACUUUGAAUUGGCCUGUUUUUUUUUAAAAGAUUUAUUUAUUUUAUUAUAUAUAAGUACACUGUAGCUGUCUUCAGACACACAAGAAGAGAGCAUCAGAUCCCAUUACAGGUGGUUGUGAGCCACCAUGUGGUUGCUGGGAAUUGAACUCAGGACCUUUGGAAGAGUAGUCAGUGCUCUUAACCACUGAGCCAUCUCUUCAACCAUGGGCCUUUUAUACGUAGGCCUCUACCUCUCAAGUAUUAAGGUGUCAAUGAUUAUUAUUUAUUGUUUUGGGGUUUUUUUUUGUUUGAUUGUUUUGUUUUUGUUUUUGUUUUUUUUUCUUUUUCUUUUCUUUCUUUUUUUUUUUUUUUUUGUUUUGUUUUUGAGUCUGUAUUUCUCUGUGUAGCCUUGGCUGUUCUAGAACUAGAUCUACGGAGAUCCUGUAUAUGUCUCCCAAGUUCUGGGACUAAAGACAUGCAACACCACUACACUACCUGGCUCAAAAUUAAUUUAAAAAGUUUAUUUAUGGUACUGGGAGAUUACUUUAGUGGAUAAGAGCACUCUUACUGCUCUUACAGAGGACUUGUAUUUGAUUUCCUGUACCCACUUGGUGGCUUACAACAGUCUAACUCUAAUUUCAGAUGAUAUGAUAACCCCUUUUGGUAUCUGAAGGCACUGUAUACAUGUGGGACACAGUCAUGCUUGCAGGCAAACACCCAUACACACAAAACAAAAAUAAUUUUUUUAAACUAAGAGUUCCUAUUACAUUUAGUCAUCAUUUGUGCAUGCCCUAUGCAUGAGUGCAGUCCUGUGCCACAGGAUGUGUGAAGGUCAGACAGGAAUAGUGGGAGUCUGUUUACUCUUUCUAGCAUCCGGGUUUUGGGGUUCAAACUCAAAUUGUUAAGCUUGGUAGUACCUGUCUUUAUUCACUAAGCCAUUCUGCCAACCCUUCAAAGUGUCUGUUUUAUAAUAGAUACAAAGAAUUUCCUCCCUGGCAAUAGUCAAAGAGACACCUUGUUUGUGGUGUUCUCUUUUUUAAAUUUAUUCUUUUUCGUUAGGAGUACACUGUUGCUGUCUUCAGACACACCAGAAGAGGAGAUCAGAUCCCAUUACAGAUGGUUGUGAGCCACCAUGUGGUUGCUGGGAAUUGAACUCAGGACCUUUGGAAGAGCAGUCAGUGCUCUUAACCUCUAAGCCAUCUCUCCAGCCCCUGUGGUGGUAUUCUUAUGUCAGGGGCGAGCAGAUGGCAGUCCUUCGUUCAUUCUAGCCUGAUGGCCGGCUUGGUGGCCAAAGCUGCUUCAUGCCUAGGGCACAUGACAAUUUUUUUUUAAACUUUCACAGAGGAAAGCAAAUAUGCCUGUGAAAAGAAGACAUGGCUGUUAACAUUUUUCUUCAGUUUUUUCAAUGUUGUCUGAGUGUGUGUUUGUGUCUCGUGAUGCAUAUGUGUAGGUUAGAGAAGAACUUCGAGGAGUUGGUCCUCUCACUGUGGCAUCCAGGGAUCAGGACUGUGUGGCCAGUGCUUUUACCCUAUCUUGGGUGUGGGGAUCCUGAGGAAAGGGCAGUCAGGGAGAGUCUUCUCUAAAAAUGAGCAUAUUUGCUUUUUGGUUAUCUGUUAUGUUUCCUUAUCAUUUUAAUUUGUGUUAGUGUGUGUAUGAGGUGUCAGUGUUCCUGGGGAAUGCUGUGGCAUGGACACAUUUCUUAAAGGCAAGAGGAUGGACACAUUCUCGAGACAGAGUAGCCAGGUAACAGCUACUAACUUUGUAAAUUUUUGUUUAAUUUUACUUGAUGUGUAUACCUGCAUGUGUGUCUCUGCACCACAUGUGUUUUGGAGCCACUGGAAGCCAGAAGAGGUCUCAGCCCUGGAACUGGAGUUACAGAUAGUUGUGAACUGCCAUGUGGGUGCUGGGAAUCAAACCCAGGUGCUUGAAAGAGCAGUCAGUGCUCUUAACUACUGAGCCAUCUCCUGCCCCUCCAGAGGACAGCAGUCUUAAUUUCAAAGACCCUGAAGCAGUCAGAGCUCUGACUUGUACUCUCCUGAGAGAGGACUUUGGACUUUCUAUUGAUAUUCCUUUGGAGAGACUAAUUCCCACAGUCCCCUUGAGACUUAACUAUAUUCACUGGGUAGAAGAUCUGAUUGGUCACCAGGAUUCUGACAAAACUACUCUCCGAAGAGGAAUUGACAUAGGUACUGGGGCGUCCUGCAUCUAUCCCUUACUUGGAGCAACCUUAAAUGGCUGGUAUUUCCUGGCCACAGAAGUGGACGACAUGUGCUUCAAUUAUGCCAAGAAAAAUGUAGAGCAGAAUAACCUGUCUGAUCUCAUCAAAGUGGUGAAAGUGCCGCAGAAGACACUUCUGAUGGACGCGCUUAAGGAAGAGUCUGAGAUAGUCUAUGACUUCUGUAUGUGCAACCCUCCCUUUUUUGCCAACCAAUUGGAAGCCAAGGGUGUAAACUCUCGGAAUUCUCGAAGACCUCCACCUAGUUCUGUAAAUACAGGAGGCAUCACAGAGAUCAUGGCAGAGGGAGGUGAACUAGAAUUUGUCAAAAGGAUCAUCCAUGACAGUUUACAACUUAAAAAAAGAUUAAGGUGGUACAGCUGUAUGCUGGGAAAGAAGUGCAGUCUGGCUCCACUGAAGGAAGAGCUUAGAAUCCAAGGGGUUCCUAAAGUCACCUUCACGGAGUUUUGUCAGGGUCGGACGAUGAGAUGGGCCUUAGCUUGGAGUUUUUAUGAUGAUGUCACAGUACCAUCACCUCCAAGUAAACGAAGAAAAUUGGAAAAGCCAAGGAAACCCAUUACUUUUGUAGUGUUGGGGUCUGUGAUGAAAGAGUUAUCCCUCAAAGCCUCAUCUUUGGGCUCCGAGACAGUGGAAGGCAUAGUGGUUGUAACAACAUGGAUAGAAAAAAUCCUCACUGAUCUGAAGGUGCAACAUAAGCGGAUUCCCUGUGGAAGAGAAGAAGUUAGCCUUUUCCUGACAGCCAUAGAAAACUCGUGGAUUCAUUUAAGGCGGAAGAGAAGAGAGCGAGUGAGGCAGCUGCGGGAGGUGCCUCGGGCUCCUGAGGAUGUCAUCUUAGCCUUGGAAGAGAGAAAGUCCACUCCCAAAGAGCUGAGUAGUGGCCAAGACAUGACCCAUUGCCUCCAAGAGAGUGCCUUGUGUGGACUUGAUGUGCCGGAAGGCGAGUCUGCUGCUGUUGGUGGCCAUUGCUUCAGCCAGAAGUUACUGUGCCAGGAGGAAACACCGGAAGCUAUGGAGGAUGAAAGGGAUGAGGAAAGGGGAGGGAUGGAGGCCAUGGAAAGUUGUAAAGGCUCCAGCAAUGGAGCCCAGGACGGAGAGGCUUCUGAGAAGGGGGAUCACCUGGAUGGAGCAGCUGGACAUUACCUGUUUAAGUGUUUGAUGAACAUUAAGAAGGAGGCAGACGAUGCUGUUGUUGAAAUGCACUGGGUUGAGGGCCAGAAUAGGGAUUUGAUGAACCAGCUUUGCACCUACAUACGGAACCAAAUUUUGAGGCUUGUUGCUAGUUAAUUCUUAGUUUCUUCGACAGUUAGAAAAGUGUCUGUCUGGGGCUAGGGAUAUGGUGCAAUGGCCUUAUGUGCUUAGUAUCCAGAAGUUACCCUGUGUUGAGUCCCUUACAUCUAACAUCAAUACAAGGAAAAAAAAAUCUAUAAAAUAGCUUGCUUUGGAGGUAGAACCUAUUGGGAAGUCAGAAGACUUUCACCCCGUCCUUUAGUGACCCCACGUGGAGUCAUCUUACAAAGCACACGUUUAGUUGGAUGUGCUCUGUGACACUUGUAAUCCCACUACUUGGAGGCUGAGGCAGGAAGACUGCUAUGGGUGUAAGGUCAGUCUACGCUACAGAGAAAGCCACCUGUCUAAAUAAAAAGAAAAGAGGAAAACAAAUGAAUCCAUUUUUAAUCACUCCGCUCUUAAAAGUUAUCUGGAGUUAUAUAAAUAGCACAGGAGGAAUUACGAUUAUUGCAACAGUAGAUAAACCUAGCAGGUCAUCUCAGCCAAAGGCCAGAGGGGCUCGGGUGGCAUCUGGUGUGGGUCAGUGCUGCCUAGAACAUGUCUGUCACUGAGGGUUGCUUGGUGAAGAGGGUAGCCGUGUUCUCCAGUGAAAGCAACACAGCAGAGCAGAGGCCCAGGAAUGCUCAUUGUUGCCUUUAAGACACCUGCUUUCUCAAGGAACCUGGCUAGCCUGGUAAUAGGUGGUCAGUGUGUCAGGGAGGGCAUCUUAGACCAAGCCCGGGGAACACACAGGAAGCUGCACGUUCACCGCUCACUGCUCUUCUGACACUGCCUAUUGCAGAAGCAGAAUUGAGUGAGCAAAACUCUGAGAUGUAGCUGCGGCACAGCACAGUGCGCCCGUCAGCCCACCGGCAGCAUCGUUUUGUAACAGUUGUACUGCUUUUUUUAAAUGUGAAAUGGAAUGUUUUGUUUUUUAAUAUAAGACUUAAGAAUUGAAAA